GCCUAUAUGAAGGUGGUGUCUGGAAAGUUCAUGUGGAGUUGCCGGAUGCUUAUCCUUACAAGUCUCCUUAUAUUGGGUUUCUCAACAAAAUAUAUCACCCAAAUGUAGAUGAGCUGUCUGGCUCUGUAUGCUUGGAUGUCAUUAACCAAUCAUGGAGUCCAAUGUUUGAUCUUUUGAAUGUAUUUGAGGUUUUCCUUCCACAGCUUUUGCUUUACCCAAAUCCUUCAGAUCCAUUAAAUGGAGAUGCAGCAUCACUAAUGAUGAAGGAUCAGAAGCAAUAUGAACAAAAAGUGAAAGAGUAUUGUGAGCGUUAUGCCAAGAGGGAGAAUAUUAGAAGCACCCCGAGUGAAGAGAGUGACGAGGAGGUCAGUGAUGAAGACGUCAGUGAUGGAAGAAUUUCAUCUAGUGAUGAUGAUGUUGCUGGACAUGCAGAUCCAUGAGAGGAUGAUUUGCCUUCCACAUUGAUAUGGAAAAAGCAUUUUAUUUUAGCUGUUCAUUUUUUAUACUUAUCUGUUUAACUUAGUUGCUUGUAACAUUAGGCAUUCAGAGGCAAGAAAUAUGAUUCACUAAGGACUGGAUCAAGUGACUUAGUAGCUAGAUUUAUGGUACUAGGCAUGUGUAAGGAAUUUAUAGUUCAUGGUUGAUUAUUCAUUCACAAGAAUGAAAUGAAGAUAUGGUUCAUAUUCAUUUCCUUGUUCCUUUUUUUUGUUUGUUAUGUUAUAUUAGUUGUACUAGGGGUUACUCGUGCUUAAAGGUACGGUACAAAUGUAAAUGAUUUUGAGAGAGAUGUUAAUGGCCG